GCAUAUUUCAAAAGCACAUUAAUAAAAUGAUUUUGUUGACCACACCCACUGUGCUUACUUGCUGACUGUUAACAUGUCAUGGUUUCAGCCUUAUCAGAUUCUACUCCAAGCUGCAUAAAAUGGAUACCAACAUGAAGCAGAUACUAGAAGGGCAGCUUUCAAAAUAUACAAAUGUAAUGAAAGGCUGGCAAUAUAGAUGGUUUGUUUUGAACCCAGAAACUGGAACCCUGACUUAUUACAUGGUGGACGAGAUGCGCUCGAGUCGUCCGCGCGGCUCGAUCCACCUGGCCGGCGCCGUGGUGUGUCCCAGUGACGAGGACUCGCACACGUUCUCGGUGAACUCGGCCGGCGGCGAGCUGUACCGACUGCGCGCCGCCGACGCCCGCCAGCGACAGCAGUGGGUCGACCGGCUGCGCUCCGUCAUCGAGAUGUUUAACCGGGUGCAGGCCGAGACCCAGAGCCCGCCGCCGCCGCCCGGCGACGCUCUGGCUCUGUCGGCCUCGCCGCGUCAGUACGAGGCCCCGCUGUCGGUGCUCAGUUCCCUGCACGACGCCAGCGCGGCGCUGCAGCAGACGGCGGCCCGACACGGCCAGCUCUGCUCGGCCAUCGGCGAGCUGCCCGGCCACGUCUCGGAGGACGUGACGGUGACCAGCACCGACUCGGAGCUGCUGCUGCUCAAGGCCACCUCCCAGGCCACGCUGCUGUGCCUGGAGCAGUGCUACACCAUCCUGCAGCAGCAGCGCUCGGCGGCCGCGCUGCCCAUCGGCCACCCGCUGCCGGCCGCCGACCGCGGCAGCCUGCGGCUCGGAGCCACGCGAGCGCGCCCUGAGAAGGACUUUCUGUCGGACGUGGCUGACUGGUUCGAUACAAACUUCGGCACGGCCAAAGCGCCGAGGAGGCCGCUGACGGCGCCGAGCAGCCCGCGACCCGCCCAGCCGCCGCAGCAGACGCCGCCAUCCAAACCGGCCCAGCUACCGGCGCCGGCCGCCCCAGGCCGGCCGACCAGCGAGUCUGACAGCCGGGAGGGACAGGAGCAGGAGGACGAGGAGGAGGACGCCGAGUCGGCCAGCCUCCGGCCGGCGGUGUCGGCAGCCGGCACCCUCCGACCGCUGCUAGCCACGCUGAAGCUGGGCGCCGACCUGACGCGCCUCCGGCUGCCGGCCGCACUGCUCGAGCCGCGCUCGCUGCUGGAGAGACUCUCGGAGCUGUGGGCGCGCCCGGACUCCUUCGUACGUAUCGCACUGGCCGACUCGCCGGCCGCCCGGAUGUGUCGCCUCCUCGAGUGGUACGUGCCGGCCCUGGGUGCCGGCUGCCCGCGCGCCGGCAAACCCUACAACCCCGUGCUGGGAGAGGUGUUUGCCUGCUCGUGGCCGGCUUCCGAGGGCCGGGCGGAGCUGCGCUUUUUGGCCGAGCAGGUGUGCCACCACCCGCCAGUCUCGGCGCUGUGCGUCUCCUGCCGUGAGCCAGAGAUGAGCCUGCAGGCCACCGUCGGCUGCCGCGCGCAGUACGUCAACUCCGUCAGCGUGUCGCUCACCGGCGAGGCCACGCUCUUUCUACCGGCCGUCGGCGAGACGUACACGCUCAACUACCCGGCCCUCUACGCCAGGUCACUGCUGAGCGACGGCUGGGUUGAGCUGGGCGGUCAGGUGAAGAUCAGCUGUCAGCAGACGGGCUACACGGCCUCGGCCACCUUCCACACCAAGCCGCUGUCUGACGAGGGCGAAGCGCACCGCGUGACUGGCGAGGUGCGCGCGCCGGACGGCCAGCUGGUGAUGCGUCUCACCGGACACUGGGACAAGCAGAUCCAGCUCCUGGGACAGCUGCAGGGCGACGAGCCGUGCACGGUGCAAUGCGCCGGCGGCGGCGCGCGCCGCUGGCUGCGGCCGCCGGCCGCUCAGGCGCCGCACGAGUCGCGCAGGGUCUGGGCCGCCGUCACGGCCGCGCUACGGGACGGACAGACGGACACGGCCGACGCCGAGAAACACGCCGUGGAGGAGGCGCAGCGGCAGCGCGCCGGCCAGGGGCACACGCCGCGCCACUUUUACCAGCACGAGCAGAGCUGGGUGUUCCGCGAGCCGACCGCCUGACCGCGCCGGCCGGCCGACCGGCGCCGCUCCGCACCGGACCGGGGGUGGCACCAGAGGCGCAGCGUCGGACGGCAGUGACAACCGAGGUGCCACGUACUCCGAGUUUAACCAAGCAUUUAUGAGCUAGCCUGUUCGGGCACGGUUUCUGCCGUGCGGCCGCCGUAUGUAUCGUCCGCUUCCUGUGUAUGUCAGAUGUAUCUGGGGAGUGUUAUUCAGUAUAUGCGAGCUAAGUGGGUCCAGAGGGGAACGCCGAGCGUCGGGAGGCGGGAUGUUCAUGUGAUGGUUGUGCCACUGUACUCUGCUAUAAUUACGCUAUAUAAUUCCACCGGGUGUCCGGUGGGUGCACAUGACCGAGGAACGCGCCGCGGAUGGCGCCGUGUCGUCUUAUAUUCCAAACUGAUGUACUCGUGUGUGUCCGUGCAUGGGGCUGAGCAUUACGAGGCUUCGUCGCGACGGUAGCCACAUGUUUAGGGUGCGGCCGGCGCUCCAUUUUAACCACGUUACGUGAGACUCGAGCUCAGCAGUCAGCAGUCACACUCGGUCGGCGCGGUGUGCCCUGUAUAAGGGCUCCACGGGGCGCGAUGGUAAUGUGAACAUAUCCAGUAUCUGUAUCCGCCCGGACCGGCGCACGCUAGCACCGCCGCGCGGUUUGAUCGUUUGCACUCCGGCCGGUGUCCGACGGCGAGCUUCUGUAUGAGAUCCAUGUGGGGACGUGUAUCGUGUAUCGUUAUGGCCUGUAAGGCCGCUAUCCGUGCGUGGGGUGUCUGGGACCGCCGUGAAAGCGCAAUAACGCAGCAAUUCGCGACACCGGCACGGUGUGGUGGGGCCGCGGGCUCGCCUCGCCGGGACCUGCGCGUAGUAAACUGACGUCGCUUCACAUUGUGAUACAAUAUAUUACGUACUGUGA